AUGGAGGAUGACGUGCGAUGGCGGAAGUAUUUCACCCACUCAGGAGCCGACAUCUGGACGGUUAUUGACAGGGCGCUGCGGGUAGCCGCUUCUGAUUUUCCCGCGCAAUUACGCCUGCGACGCGACGGUAUCGCGGAAAAACUGUUCACCUUCGGUCGCCAGUCGCACGCGCGGGACGUAACACCCCCCCACGUCUCGCGGGGGAGCCCAGAACGGGCGGCGACGGAGCGGGGGGCGAUGGAACAAGCAACAGGAGUUGCAGAGCGAACCGCAGAGCGACAACACGCGACGACGGCAAGUCACGCACGUGACGAAGGCGCUCCGAGAGAGGAAGCAGCGAACGAUGGGCUGAAUCCGACGGUCAGAAACGCGCUGGGGAACGAUGAAAGGCGGAACGAAGGCGGAGAUGGGGGCGAUGUGAGGGAAAGGAGACGAGAUGGGUAUGGUGAUGGGGGUGGGUAUGAGGAUGAGAAACGGGGAGGGGAAGAGCGGCGCGAACGGGAAGACGGCGACCGGCGAGAGCGAGAUCGACCGGAAGUGCGCGGCAGUGACGAGAAGUGUAGACGGCCGUCAGGCGAUGGACGGCCGUCAGACGAUGGACGGCCGUCAGGCCAUGGACGACCGUCAGGCCAUGGACGACCGUCAGGCCAUCCCGAGGGCGUGGAUGAAGAGAUAGACGUUCUUGGAGGUGCGAGGAAGGAGGAGGAAGAGGAGGAGAAGGAGGAGGAGGAGGAGAAGGAGGAGGCGAAGGAGGAGACGAAGGAGGAGAAGCGAACAAAACGGCGCGGGUGCGUGUUUGUGCUUGGGGAAAGCGACGCUUCAGAUGACGAGGAUUCAGAGGAGGAGGAAGAGGAAGAGGAGGAGGAGGAGGAAGUGGAUGUGGAUGUUGAUGUUACUAAAGAGAACGAACACGUUGAUGGGUUCGAUCAUCGAAGUGGGAGACACAGUGGUCAUGCUGGUGCUGGGUCCGGUGGUAGGGGCAGAAACGGGGAGAGAAGGAACGGGAGGGAGAGAUUAAUGGGGGGGGAGGGAAGAGGAGUGGGUAGAGGAAUGGGGAGGGAUGAGGAGGGAAGAACAUGGGUGGAGGAGGAGGAGGAGGAGGAGGAGGAGGAGGAGGGUGAUGCGACCGCAGCAGUGCUGGAAGAGCAGCUUCAGGAGGAGGAUCGGUUGGUGGAGCGUAUUGAGGAGAUUAAAGACCUCCUUAGACCGUCCAGACUGGACAAUGACUAUCUAGUGCGGCAUCUGGAGUCUUUACUGCACAUGCCGAUGACCCUCGAAGCCUUGCGGGUGACGGAGGUGGGCAAGAGAGUGAACUCGUUCCGCAACCACCCAUCAGAGAAAGUGCGCGCCAUCACUAGACAGCUCAUCGGUGCAUGGAAGGAUCUCGUGAAUGAGUGUCGCAAGAGUGCAGCAGCCGUGGCCAGGUCCACAGCAGGCCUACCAGAGGACUUGUCAUCAGGCCUGCCAUCGCCCCCACUGGAUGAGAGUGCCCUGCUGCAGGGGAGGAGCAUUGCCAUGGGGGCUAGCGAGUUGUUCCGUGACUUUGGUCUUGGCCUCGACAGCGGCUCAUGUGAGUCCUCUCCUGCUCGCCCCUUCCCUCUCCUUACUCCCUUCCCUCUCCUGGCUUCUUUCCCUCUCCCCGUGCUAUUUGUAUCCGAUGGAAGCCCUGACAACUACCGCGCUCCACCACCCCACGACGACGUAGCUUCAUCCCCACCUGUUUAUAACAGAACUCCUGCUUACAACAGCAACCCUGCUUAUAACAAGAGCAAGCCACGGUAUACCGGGGACAGGCAGGAAGCACGCGAGGCGCAGGGUCGGGCUGGCAACAGCAGUGCUGGCGCUCUGAUAAAAAAGAACAAGGAGAGGAGGGAGAAGAGAGGGGAGGAGGAGAUGAUAGGGAGCGAUGGCUUUGGGGGAAACAGGGGGGGGAACAUCGUGAAGGACAGGGUGAGGGAGAAGAGAGGGGAGGAGGAGAUGGUAGGGAGCGAUGGGUUUGGGGGGAGCAAGGGGGCGAGCAUUCAGAAGGAGAGGGCAAGGGAAAAGCUUAAGGACAGGGAGCUGGAGAGGGAGAGGGAGAAGAAACGGAAUGUGGUGUCUGGGCUUGCUGCUGCUGGCGUUUCAAGCAUGGACAGGCAGGGUGGUGCAGGACAGAUGAUGGGCAGAGCAGCAGGACGAGGGCGAGGAGGAGUAGGAGGAGAGGGGUCACCUUUGCAGAGGCGUUUGAUUCAAGGCGCUAAGGAGAGGGAGAGGGAAAGGGAGAGGUCUGUGUCGCCGUACCGGCCCACUGCGCCUGCGUACGGCAGGAGCCUCACCCCUCCGCCCAACAUGCGAUCCGAGUUUGCAGCAGGGGGUGGAGGAACAGAGAAGGAGCGCCUGGAGUUGGCCAAGAGGAAGCUGCACGAGCGGUACCAAGGGAUCCAGGACGCCAAGAAGCAGCGCACCAUUCAGGUGGUGGAUCCGGGGGCAGUGAAGGGCGGCAAGGCGAAGCCCAGGUUUGCCUUCUCUCACAACGCGCGAGGGGGGGGAGCAGGUGGUGGUGGCGGGAGGUUUGGGCGGAGGUAG